AUCAAGAAAACAGAAUGACUAGCCAGUCUCAGGGAAUCCAGCAGCUUUUGCAGGCCGAAAAACGUGCCAAGGACAAGCUUGAAGAAGCCAAAAAAACAGCUGUGAUAGGAAGCCAUGCAGUACUUUCAGGAAAGGGAAAGAGGCUAAAGCAAGCCAAGGAAGAAGCCACAGCAGAGAUAGACCAUUACAGGCUACAAAGGGAAAAGGAUUUCAGACAUAAGCAGUCUAAUAUAAUGGGCUCUCAAGGGAACCUAUCAACAAAAAUAGAUGAAGAAACUGUAGCAAAGAUCCAGGACCACAAUAGUAACUAUCAUAAGAACAUGGAGCGUGUGAUGGGACGUCUCUUGGAUGAGGUGUAUGGCAUCAGCCCUGAACUCCACCCAAAUUAUGCGUACACAAUUUAAAUCCUUUCAUGAAAAUGUUUCAGAAGGAGUAAUGCCUGCCCUCGUAGUAGGCACAAUGAGGAAGCCUGAUUCAGGUGGCAGAUUUUGGGGCACCAUUACAGGGCAGCAUGUUGUCCAUUAUUACAUUUUAAACACCAUCAAGAAUUGGGCAGGAGCCACUUGGAUUUUCUACCUCUGACACCAAAAUUGUCUUGAGCUGCCUUUGAGCAAAACACAUCAUUGUCCUGAAUUUGUUGUUUUCUGUUUUCAAUUGGGUAUGUGAUGCAAACAGAAAGCCAAAAGACUUCUGAUGUGACCGGUUCCUACAAGGGUUCACGCAACCCUUUGGCAAAAUGGAUCCUCCCCCAUCUCCACCUCCACUGCUUUUUUUUUUUUUGUAACAAAGAAUGUGUCACUUAAAUAUGGGCAAUGGCAGAAUAAAGAAUUAUUUGACACCAGCAGCUUUUUAGUGGGUGUCUUUUACUUCUUUACUUAUGUUCCCUACUACUUAAAAAGUGUUCGCUUUGCAUGACUUGGCCUGUUGCAGGAAAUCUGUUUGUCACAAUAUGUGGAGUGUUUAAA